AUUAAUUUCCCACCUUUGGCGAGUUAUUAAGAUACAGAAAUUACAGCAUCCUCUCAUCUUAUUCGCAAGUCUUUACCCACUUACCCAGGGUAUUCACAAAGAAACAACACAACGCAACACUAUACAAUUGCACUCCACUCCACUGCGUUCAAUACCGCGAUAUUAUCUCCCUCUCCCUCUAUCUCUAUCUCUAUCUCAACAAUACAAAAUAAAGAACAAGCUAAAAAAGAAGGAUCGAAGGUAACCAAAAAAAACAGACCAUGCAAGCGCCAUCCACCCAGAAAACAAGCAACACCAUCGCGUUGAAGCGUCUCCGCAGUAGCGGAUCAAGCGGACGUCACCGACCAGGAAGUCGAGCUCGCCAUGGUAGUCAGCAUGAAAUUACAGCUAGCGCACUCACAAAACAAUAUCCACCUUCUGCUCACGAUUUUCCUCCAUUGGGUUUUACUGUAUUGCCUGAUUCCAGCGUGUUUGGAAGUACAAGUGGAGGGAUCGCCGGAGCAAAUAUAACUGAAAUCUUGGCCAGAACUGUUGACAUUAGUACGAGUAGCGGUACUGCGGAAAAAAGAGAUGGAAAUGUAGGAAUGGAGAUGCAUAUAAGCAUAGCAGCGAACACGUCCAGGCGAAGCAUGAGACCGAAAUCUAUAUCCGCAAACUACACAACACCAAUUGGGGAAUUCAUGGGAGGAAAACGUGGUGAGAUGACACAAGAUGGAUCUGAAACUUCAUCAUAUAUAGGAGCCGCGCAAUUUUCCCGCCGAGGAAAUCUCCUUCCUUCUCGUUCAAGUACCAGUGCUACUGGUAUAUCUACACGGAACAAUAAUGGAGUAUCCAAUACCAAUUCGGCACCUAAUCCAUUUUCUAUGACUGCAGCUGCAGGAACCUCUCUUACGCAUCGAAGUGCUCCAUAUGAGAUAAGUAAGAAUUUUGAUCGACUUCGUGUUCAGGGUGCACAUUUAGGACUUGUUUCUUCACCUUAUUUUCCAAAGUGUAAGGAAGAUUUGGUGAAGCAUCGAGAGGGGAGGAAGAAUGAUGCGAGGGAUGCCAUGAAUCAGAGGAUUAAAGAUAAAGAGGAAGUUAUGCGGUUGAAGAGUGAAAGAGCUUAUGUCAAGGUUAAGACUGCUUUUUUGGGGAAGGUUUUUAGAGAUGGUUUAUCUGGUGUUUUUGCUCGGAGGACUAUUUGGGGACAUCCUAGUUUGGAUGGGGAGUUGUGCGAGAGAGCGGAAUGGCCGACUUUGCCGGAGUUGAAACAGGCUGGGAUUAGGAAGAUGGGAUUACCGGUUCCUAGGUAUAAGGGUGAGGAUGGAAUGGCAGGUGAAGAGGUAAAAGCAUUCGCAGGUGAUAGAGUCGGAUUGGGUAGAAGAAGAGCGGAAGAAAAAGUCAUGUUUGACGAGCAAGAUAUUAAGGAAUUGGGUCAAAUGGCGAGUCUUUUCGAAGCGAUCGACGGAUAAACAGACUCUAGGUAUAUGUGGUGACGUGUUUGUUUGAACAUGUCUUGCUGGAUGAGGAGAAUUGCAUUGGGUUCAGCAUGGCGUAGGUACCGCGAAAAGGAUUUAUGAUAGCGAACAGCGUAGCGAUAUAGCGAGAUUUGAAAGGCAUAGCGAGCGGCGUAGGCAUAGCGGAUGUGGUUCUUUAUUUUAUAUCUUCGUGUUGCGAUUUCUUUGUGUUUCUUCUCAGGAAAGUGAUAGGAAAUCAGUUCAGGCAUUGUGUAUCUCACGGAAAGAUAUGGCUAAGGGAAAUACUUCGACCUCUCUUCCCUUUGAGGGAAACUUUAGGGGAAGAUGAGAUACUUGUGAGCAUAAAUAGUGGAAGAGGUUAGGAUAUGUGAAGUGUAUCAGAGCCUCAAAGGUACACGAAAGAGACAACUAGCAAGAGAUAAUUAGCAAGAAAUGACAAGAAACAAUAAGAAGAUAAUUAGACCAUUUCCCAUGAUGAUAUAAAGAAUUCGAAGAAGAUCCAUCUAUCUCCCAGUCCAUAGUUCCAAUCAAUACAAGAAAUGAAACCACUCAACCUUAUUCAUUAUCCCGUUGCAAAGAGAUAAUGAACCAAAUAUGAGCAGUCUGAGAUCCUUGAAAUCAUUUCGCCAAAUUAAUUAGUGCAUAAAUAGACGUCGGAUCAAAGUAACUAACACGUAUAACCUU